CUGGAUAAAGGAGGUAAUGGCUUCUGAGAAGCAUGCAAAGGAAGCAAUAGUCACAAACAUAGAUGAUGAAAUUUGCAAGGAGGAAGAGAAAUUGCAAAACAAGUCCAUGUUCAGUGUGAAGAGCCUCCUCUGGCAUGGUGGCUCUGUGUGGGAUGCAUGGUUUAGCUCUGCCUCAAAUCAAGUGGCUCAAGUGCUGUUAACACUGCCAUAUUCUUUCUCUCAAUUGGGCAUGGUAUCAGGGAUCUUGUUUCAGGUGUUUUAUGGGCUCAUUGGAAGCUGGACAGCGUAUCUAAUCAGUGUCCUUUAUGUGGAGUACCGCACCCGAAAGGAAAAGGAAAAUGCUAGUUUCAAGAACCAUGUCAUUCAGUGGUUCGAGGUGCUUGAUGGGUUAUUGGGUCCAUUUUGGAAGGCACUUGGGCUAGGCUUCAACUGUACAAUGCUUUUUUUUGCAGCUGUGAUACAGCUUAUAGCAUGUGGAAGUAACAUCUACUACAUAAACGAUAAAUUGGACAAAAGGACUUGGACCUAUAUUUUUGGAGCUUGCUGUGCCACCACUGUGUUCAUACCCUCCUUUCACAAUUAUCGUAUCUGUUCAUUUUUGGGUCUUGGAAUGACCACUUACACUGCAUGGUACAUGACUAUUGCAUCCAUUAUUCAUGGCCAGGUAGAAAAUGUGACGCACUCGGGUCCAACAAAGCUAGUCCUAUACUUCACCGGAGCCACCAACAUUUUAUUUGCUUUUGGGGGGCAUGCAGUAACUGUAGAGGUUAUGCAUGCGAUGUGGGAGCCAAAAAAGUUCAAAUACACAUAUUUGUUUGCAACUUUGUACGUUUUCACACUAACAAUUCCUUCUGCAAGUGCCGUUUACUGGGCUUUUGGGGAUGAACUACUAAACCAUUCCAAUGCUUUCUCUCUCCUUCCCAAAACUGGCUUCCGUGACCUCGCUGUAUCCCUCAUGCUCAUUCACCAGUUCAUCACAUUUGGGUUUGCGUGUACUCCACUAUACUUUGUGUGGGAGAAGUUAAUUGGGAUGCAUAGCACAAGAAACAUUUGUCUUAGAGCACUAGCAAGGAUGCCAGUGGUGAUACCCAUUUGGUUUUUAGCAAUACUCUUUCCCUUCUUUGGACCCAUAAACUCUGCAGUUGGAGCUCUAUUGGUUAGUUUCACUGUCUACAUCAUCCCCACCUUAGCCCAUAUGCUCACUUACAGAAAAGCCUCUACAAGACAGAAUGCUGCUGAGAAGCUGCCAUUCUUCAUAGGAAGUUGGACUGCAAUGUAUAUCUUGAAUGGGUUUGUUGUGAUAUGGGUUUUGGUGGUGGGAUUUGGGUUUGGAGGAUAUGCUAGCAUAACCAACAUCUUGAAACAAAUUAACACAUUUGGGCUAUUUGCAAAGUGCUACCAAUGUAAGCCCUCAACACCACCCACUCUAGCACCAACACCCCCUCGUGCUCAUUGA